GGAGAGGCGGGUGGUGGGAAGCCAGGAGCAAAAACACUAGCCCUCGUAGUUGGGAGAUUUUACUAGUUUCUUUUCAGGACCUUGUGGCGACGCGCAGCUCAGCCGCAGGACGCACGAAGCCAGGACGCACGACUGGUAUGAUGGAUAGAUAGCAGGAGAAGGACGAGGAAGAGAAGAUGUCGUUCUUUGGCAUGGACUGUGUCAGGAAGAAAGAGAGAGAGCUGGAGAGGAAAAUCCGCGCCAACGACCGCGAGUACAACCUCUCCUUUAGAUAUGCAACGAACGCCAUCAAGACCUCCAAGUACAACCCCUUCACCUUCCUACCUCUCAACCUGUUUGAGCAGUUCCAGAGGAUCGCCAACGCCUACUUCCUAUUUCUGCUGGUGCUCCAGGUGAUUCCUCAGAUCUCCUCUCUGUCCUGGUUCACCACAGUCGUGCCUCUGGUCCUGGUGCUGGCAGUCACUGCUGCCAAGGAUGCCACUGACGAUAUCAACCGCCACAGAAGCGACAAUCAUGUAAACAACAGGAAGGUUCAAGUCCUCAUUGAUAGAAAACUGCGGAGCGAGAAAUGGAUGGACGUCCAGGUGGGAGACAUCAUCAAGCUGGAAAACAACCAGUUUGUCACUGCUGACCUCCUGUUGCUCUCCAGCAGUGAACCACUCAACCUGGUGUACAUCGAGACGGCAGAACUGGAUGGGGAGACAAACCUGAAGGUGAGACAGGCCCUGACUGUGACAGGAGACCUGGGAGAGGAUAUUGAAAAACUGGCAGACUUCAACGGCGAGGUAUGCUGUGAACCCCCCAACAACCGUCUCGACCGCUUCACAGGAACGCUAACCUACGCCGGUCAGAAAUACCCGCUGGACAACGAGAAGAUCCUGCUGCGCGGCUGCACCCUGAGGAACACCGAGUGGUGCUUUGGACUGGUGCUGUUUGGAGGUCCAGAGACGAAGCUGAUGCAGAACUGUGGGAAGAGCACGUUCAAGAGGACCAGCGUAGACCGACUGAUGAAUGUGCUAGUGCUUUGUAUUUUCGGUUUUCUGGCCUUCAUGUGCACCAUCCUGGCGAUUGGAAACUACGUCUGGGAGCUGAAUGAAGGCUCACAGUUCACGGUCUUCCUGCCCAGACAAGAUGGCAACAAUGCAGGCUUCUCCGCCUUCCUCACAUUCUGGUCCUACGUCAUCAUCCUCAACACUGUGGUGCCCAUCUCUCUCUAUGUCAGUGUGGAGAUCAUUCGUCUGGGGAACAGCUUCUACAUCGACUGGGACAGGAAGAUGUACUAUUCCCGGAACAACACUCCCGCUGAGGCUCGCACCACCACGCUGAACGAGGAGCUUGGCCAGAUCAAGUACGUCUUCAGCGAUAAAACAGGAACGCUCACCCAGAAUAUCAUGACCUUCAACAAGUGCUCCAUCAACGGCAAAUGUUACGGGGAUGUGUAUGACUACACAGGUCAAAGACUAGAGAUUACAGAGCAUACACAGAUAGUGGACUUCUCCUUCAACCCGCUGGCUGACCCCCGCUUCAUGUUCCACGACCACUCCCUGGUGGAGGCGGUGAAGCUGGAGAACCCAGAGGUCCACGCCUUCUUCAGGCUGCUGGCCCUCUGCCACACCGUCAUGGCCGAGGAGAAGAAGGAAGGUGAACUUUUCUACCAGGCCCAGUCUCCAGAUGAAGGAGCGCUGGUAACAGCAGCCAGAAACUUUGGAUUCGUCUUCCGCUCACGUACACCGGACAGCGUUUCCAUUGUGGAGAUGGGACAGCAGUGCAGCUAUGAGCUCCUCGCCAUCCUGGAUUUCAACAACGUCCGCAAGAGGAUGUCGGUCAUAGUUCGGAGUCCAGAGGGGAAGCUCUCGCUCUACUGUAAAGGUGCAGACACAAUCAUCUACGAGAGGUUGCAUCAGUCCUGCAGCAAGCUGAUGGACGUCACUACAGAGCACCUUAACGAGUUUGCAGGGGAGGGGCUGCGCACUCUGGCGCUGGCCUAUAAGGAUCUGGAUGAGGAGUAUUUCAACCAGUGGAAACAGCGCCACCAUGAGGCCAGUGUAGCACUGGACGACCGAGAGGGCAAACUGGACGAGCUGUAUGAGGAGAUAGAGAAGGAUCUGCUGCUGCUUGGAGCAACAGCCAUAGAAGAUAAGUUACAAGACGGAGUACCUCAGACUAUCGAGCAGCUGGCCAAAGCUGACAUCAAAAUCUGGGUUUUGACUGGUGACAAGCAAGAAACUGCAGAAAACAUCGGGUACUCAUGCAACUUACUGCGGGAGGAGAUGAACGAGGUCUUCAUCGUCUCGGGGAACUCACCUGAGGAUGUCAGACAGGAACUGAGAGAUGCCCAGACUUCCAUGACACCAGCAGAGGAUUCAGUGUUUCUGCCAGAAAGAGCUAUGGGUAAAGGUGGGAAAGUGAUCACAGACGAGUUGGCAAAUGGAGAGUAUGGCCUGGUCGUCAACGGACACAGCCUGGCGUACGCCCUGGAGCGCAGCAUGGAGCUGGAGUUCCUGAGGACAGCGUGUAUGUGUAAAGCUGUGAUCUGCUGCCGGGUCACUCCUCUGCAGAAGGCUCAGGUGGUCGAGCUGGUCAAGAAGUACAAGCAGGCGGUCACGCUGGCCAUAGGGGACGGAGCCAACGAUGUGAGCAUGAUCAAAGCGGCUCAUAUCGGCGUGGGCAUCUCAGGCCAGGAGGGCAUGCAGGCCGUUCUGUCCAGCGACUACUCCUUCGCCCAGUUCCGCUUCCUGCAGCGCCUCCUGCUGGUGCACGGCCGCUGGUCCUACCUGCGCAUGUGCAAGUUCCUGCGCUACUUCUUCUACAAGAACUUCACUUUCACCUUUGUCCACUUCUGGUACGCCUUCUUCUGCGGCUUCUCUGCGCAGACGGUGUAUGAUGAGUGGUUCAUAACACUCUACAACCUGGUGUACACAGCACUACCCGUACUGGGGAUGAGUCUGUUUGAUCAGGAUGUGAACGACAUUUGGAGUUUCCAGCAUCCUCAGCUUUACGUCCCCGGGCAACUCAACCUGUACUUCAGCAAGAAGGCCUUCUUCAAGUGUGCCCUCCACAGCUGCUACAGCUCCCUGGUGCUCUUCUUCAUCCCCUACGCAGCCAUGCAGGACACCGUGAGGGACGACGGGAAGGACGUCGCUGACUACCAGUCCUUCGCCCUCCUCACCCAGACGUGUCUACUGUUUGCUGUCACCAUCCAGUUGGGGCUGGAGAUGUCUUACUGGACAGCAGUCAACACCUUCUUCGUGCUGGGCAGUCUUGCCAUGUACUUUGCUGUCACAUUCACCAUGUACAGUAAUGGCAUGUUUCUCAUGUUGCCGUCAGCCUUCCCUUUCAUAGGAACGGCCCGAAACUCUCUGAACCAGCCCAACAUUUGGCUGACGAUCCUCCUCACCUCCAUCCUGUGUGUCCUUCCUGUGGUCACCUACCGCUUCCUGUUUAUCCAGCUCUACCCCACCAUCAAUGACAAGGUGAUGUUCAAGGUGAGACAGGCCAAGGCGACACCUGCCCCUCUGCCUCGACGCACCCGCAUCCGCCGCACCAGCUCCCGGCGCUCAGGCUACGCCUUUUCACAUGCGCAGGGCUACGGGGACCUGGUGACAUCGGGACGGUUCCUGCGGCGUCCCGCUGUGUCCCGAUCCUCAGGUUUUGCCCACACUGGUCGGCCUACCAUGGGGUUCAGUCCCAUGGGACGAUCGGCUGGAUACAGCCCGACAGGACGCCCUCAAAACGUCAAGGUCCCAGAUGUGGAGGUGACAUCGCUGCAGAUGUACAGGACUAUCAGAGAUCCUGCACUCUGACAGACAGCUGGUUAAUGUCAGGGAGAAGGACUAAUGCCAACUGGACAGCUGUGUGCCGCCGGUGGUUAAAAGCUCCCAUUCGUACAUUCAUGUACACCUUGAAGAACUUGUUCUGGCUUUCCAGAAAACUUCAUGUCACAGAUUCUUCUCUCAUCUGCACAGUUGCCCGGGACGAGGUUUGAAAAGUACUUUUGCUCCAAGCAUUUUAUCUUGUAAUCCAUAUAUCAAAGGAAACUACAACAAAAUGUCUCACCACUUCUGAUGGAUCACUUUCCUCAGAUCAUGAGUGCUCAUGUAAAACAUGCCUCAUGCAGACGCAACAGAUGAAACCUUUCUGACACUAGAAACAGUAACAGGGUUAUUCACUUCCACAUAGGAGAAACCACAGAAGGGAAACAUUUUGGCUUCCUGAGGAGGACAAAGUGUCAUCAUGUUUACAGACGACCCAGACUUCCCUAACCCUGGGAGUCCAGAUGCACAGCAGGGCUUUGUACAGGGGAUACAACCAGCAAAGCCAUUUUGCAUAAGAAUAUUUUAAUUUUAUACUACUAGUAUCUUUUUAAAGCAUUUUAUUUUCCUAUCUUGAAAGCUGUUAGCACUUUGGCAGACAAUGACAAUGGGAGUUGACUGAAUGUAUGAAGGAAUGUGUCGUAAACUGCUCCCAACAAACGUCCAUCUUCUCCGUGGCUCAGAGGAGGAGAAGUCAUGGCAGGAUUCAGGAUUCACCAUAUUGCUGGACAUUUUUUUCUUCUUUCAGUGUGUUUCGUUUCAUCACGUUCUGUGUGCUGAAAGAAUUUCAUGCAACUUCAAUAAUUUAUAAAAGACAGUAACUCAAAUGCUAGCAAAGCAAAUCCUAUUUUCCUAUUUUUGAUUUACACCUAAAACACAGGGGCAUUUAAAUCACAAUCUUCAGUACCACUGGGCAUCGUGACAUACUUCAUACUUUAAAGGUUAAAUGGUUUUAUUAGUUAGAAAAUAAGCUAUUCUUGUGUGACAUAUAAGAAAUAGCUACUAUAGGAGCAAUGGUUUGACUGCCAGGUUGUGAAAUUGAUAUUAUUAUAACUUUAAUUGUCUUCUCAGACUUCUCAGUGUAUCAUGACAGGUUAUUGUGAACUGAGAAACAUACAAACCUUUGCUGACAACAGCGGACCUGAUGGCUAAUUAGAGUCAUGAAGGUCAUUUUAAGUCAUUACAGUUACAAUCUCGAAGAUCCCCGUUUUGCUCCCUUUAGCUGCACCUGUGGCAAGAAGCAGUUUUUGCUGCACUUUUUGGCAGAUUAAUGGUGAUCUGAGGGUCGACCCACAACCAGCUGGUGGGGCUUUACGAGUUCAGAAGCCCAGUGGUUCCCUACUGGUUGGUAGCGGUCCAGACGUGGGUCGCAGGUCCAUUCUGAAUAGACCAUAAGUGACUUGCGAACGUGUCAAGUCUGUAAAAAACACACUUCAUUUUGAAGCACAGUCAGUUUGCGGCACAGAGCUUUAUAUUUUGAAGUGCCGUUUCCUGCUGUCGAGUGAGUUGCUACUUAACAGAGACAGCAGACUAGCUUGACAACGGGCAAACGCAAGUAUGGCGUUGAACAUAAUAAACUGUGGGACCUUGAACUAAUGACUAAGGGGACCCUGGACCCUGUGGUUGGAGCAGUAGGGAACCACUACAAUAGCCCACCUUCUUCUCCCCGCUUGCUGUCAAUCAUAAACACACACACACACACACACACACACACACACACACACACACACACAGCACUCAGGCUUGUCUCAGUCCUCAGUCCUGACAAUCCUGCUACUAUAAUGCAUAUAUUUAGCGGUCUGGGGGUCUGGUUUAGGUGGUUGACAACAGAUAUUAUUGCAGGUUAGGCAAUGCGGAUUGGCUCUCAUGAACCUUCUGCAGCUGGAGAACUGAAAGGGAGUGUGUGUGUGCAUGUGUGCAUGAUUCAUUAUGUGUAAGAGUGGAUUAUAAAUGGCCGCGCCACUUGUGAUUUUUUUCUGGGAAUGUCGCCCUCGACACAAUCACCAUUUAUUUAAAUAAUAAUCUUGGAGAUUAUUAUUUUGAUAAAGGAGUUUUUGCAUUUCUGUAAUCCAUCAGCUAUGGCAUUUGAUCAUCUAUUCAUAAGUGAACUACUACUAAUAAUAUUGAGACAAUUUGUUACAGUACUUGCAGGAAUUUUUAUGCACUUAUUUUCAUACAAUAGUAAAGUUUGGUGUCCAGAAAGAAAAAGUAGUGAAGAAAUUAACAGACACUGGUCAGGCUGUGCGAUGGAUAAACCUUCCUGUAUGAUAGAUAAAUUAAAGCACUAGUGAAAAGACGUUUAUCACCCAUUGAUCAUCAAAAUCUAAUUAUCAUGUGCAGGGUCGCUGAGGGAGCCUAUCCCAGCAUGCACUGGUUGGAAGGCACAGAACACCGCAACAGCUUCACAAACUCACACCUACAACCAAUAAUUAAAAGAGUCUUUGGCCUGUGGGAUUUUUCACAACCUGGCAACCCAAAACUUGUUCUCAUUAAUGGCUUAUUAGUGAUCUGUUUAUUUAAAGUCAUCAGCUACAACUACUAAACAAUUUCAUAAGAAUGCCUUAUCAUGAAGUGGUACCAAAUCUUCUAUUGUGCAGCUUUAUGGGAGCAUGAAAUGUCCAAAAUGUGUCUCAGUGGUAAAGUCUUGGGUUUACAUCUGAGUUAAGGCCCUGUUCAAGCUCACUAUUGUUGGUGGAUGUACCUGCAUCAUGUCUAGAUCCAGUUUAGGGGGAGGGAUUGUAGUUAGAAUACAUGCACCAGAAUGUGUCUUAAAUGCACCUGCAGUGACCACUUCAGACCACAUUCAGCAUCCACGCUGAUGUUUGAUUUUUAGCAAACUAACAAAAAAAGAAAAAUGCACAUUUUCACCUCAUCGAACAGCAAGAGUAGUGGACAACGCCAGCUGUGCAGUAACUCAUCUUGAAUACAGAGUUUUUCGCACCACAUAGAUGGAGGUUUAUCGUACUGUGCACACACUACAAAGCUGAGUGGAUGAUCCUUAAAUCCAUUCCUGGGUUCAUGUUUGUCCACGUUUUCUGUUUAUAGCUACUUCAUUGUUGUCAGUGCAGUUUUUGGUGCGUUCACAUCCAUCAGAUCACACAGAUAACAUUUAAAUACAAAGUGUGAACAGGCUCUAAAAACACUGCUUCCACAGUUCCCAUGAGCUUUUAAUUAUGCAGCAUAAAUCAUGCCUUAUUUCAAAAUCAGUGUGUCAGAUUCUUCAUCACAUCAUGCUUAGUAAAAUCACGUAUCUGCUUCAGCAACAAGCUCGCUACUGUUUGUCUGACAAUCAGUUUGGUCGUUAGCUGUAUUUCUAAUCUUAAAAAUGAGUGUAUCUCAGCUGUUAUCUGCUUUGUUCCCAGCGUCUUUCUCUCCUCGGCUCACUGAAAAUAUGAGCUAACUUAAACACAGAAGUUGCCUUAAUAUUUAAAGAAAAAGACAUUUCUACAUCAUGCAGUGCAGAAACAACAAUGACAAUGUUAGGUGGACGAUAAGGCUGUAGAAAAAAAAUGUUUUAUGCAACCCAGUCAAGGAAUAGAGAUGUUUUAAAGGGAUAGUUUGGAUCUGUUGAAGAGGAGUUGUAUGAGGUACAGUUUAUCCAGUGUAUUACAUAUAGUAGAUAUAUGUCGGUAGGUCCCCAGUUUGAAGAGGCAGGGUGUAGUCCAACAGGAAAGCCAAGCAAUAAAACCUAAAUAAAUCCUCACCUAAAUAAAAUGAUAUCAGCUUAAGUGUCGGCUAUAUUUGGAUUAUUUUCAUUUCUUUAUCUUACUGUUAGACAUCGAUUUCAGAUGAGCAUCUGAAGCCAAUAUAUCCCUCUUUUCAAAGAGAAAAACAGUGAUUUACACUGGUCUACCUGCCCUUGAAAUGACUCAAAGUACCACCAUUCUCCUGGGGCAAAGUCCUGUACUUUGUGACCCACUGGACGCCCCAACCUGCCUCCUGACUGGGCCUCUCGAGACCACUUCCUUCUGGUGAUCACAGCCUUCCAAUAUGCAUGGGUAAUGCACAAAUAACUGGACAAUUAUUAUGUGGGAUACGUAGGAAAUUUGGUGCCUUACUUUCGGUAGGAAAAUGUACAAACAGUGCCUGAGAACAGCCUGACGAACUAACUGACUGAUACAGUGGUAGACCAGCAGCUCCUGAGUUCAGCAAGCCCAAAUGACUGUUUUUGCCAAUGGAGUCUGGUGGCUUUGAGGAGAGCUGGAGCUGUUAAUGUCUCCUCAUCAGAACAGGCUGCCUGACAGGAAGGCAAAGGGGUGAAAAUACUCUUCAUAUAAGGUGCACUUAAACUGAUGCUGAUUUUUUUUACGUGGCUUAAAUAUGUUUUGUUGCUUCCCCCGUCCACAGCAGUGCAUUGCUUAGCUUUUGUAUCGGCACUUCAGCUUGCUUCUCCAAACUGUGGCCAUGCUAACUGCAAUUUACUGUAUGUGUAACACUGUCUGUGGAUAAGUACCUUCAAACAGUCUGAUUAUCCCCUUCAUUUAAGCAAAGAUAUUUUAGAUACCAUCAUCAUGUUUGCUGUUUAAACCUGAAGAUAACUGCUGCUCUGUCGGAUCUUUAAUUUAUUAUUUGGUGUGUGAAGGUUUAAAGAAUAGUCCAAAUAGAACUGGUUUUUAUUCACUCAUCAGUUUUUCAUCUACAGUUUAUUUUAAACCAUUAAGACAGCUGAUGACAUCAUAAACCCUGUAGUAUUUGUAUCUAAAAAAUCUCUGACCCUGAUGUGAUUCAGUCACUUGUCGUCCAGAAUUGAAUGUAUCGCCCCCAAACCCCAGUGGUGAACCAAAAGUUUUUUAAGGCUUUGUGUGUCGUAGUUUACUCUGAAGUAAAACCAUUUCUCGUCCGACAGAAUCUGAUGCUGGAGGUCAGUGUGGUGAAGCUGGUUUGCACCACUGACAGCUCAGUUAUUAUUUACUGUAAAGUGUUCCUUCCUGGAGAUGUUUCAGAGGUUGAAUAUACAGAAGAAACAUUUACUGCAUCUUUGUUCUUUGUGUAAAUGAAGCUCAUAAUCAAGUUGUGUUGUAUGUUUCUGAUGUUUUGAGGCAUUAUCUGGUAGCCAGUCCAGUUGUUUCCAUUUUUAUCUUACUGGGGUCCGUUUCACAAAGGCAAUCUGUGAGCGCUGCUGACACACACAUCACAGGUGUUGACAGCCAGUGGUUUAAUGGUAGCUGUAGUGGUGGGUGUACUACUAGGUAGAUGAGUACCAAAGAGGAAGUGGGUAUACUCUCCAUUAUAUUCCAUUGGGUUUUUGGCUGAUAGGUGGGUAUACUGUAAACAGCCAGAAAAAGAGGUGGGUGUACCCUCCAUGACACCACUAGCAACAGCUCCACGUUUUGUUGAAAUCACAGGUUGCAUUCAGCAGAGCUUUGUCUGCAGUAUUAAUGCAGAACCAGUUCAUUAAGAGUGGCUGCAACACAGUCCACUAGUGUCCUUUUCCAGUAUUUCUGUGGUACUCUCCUAAAUAAAUUGUAGCCGUGAUGAAAACUUAAGAUAUUUAUCAUCAUAUUACUAUCGUUAUAUCGUUGUAUCCUGCUCCGAAGACUGAAACUGUAACAUAAAGGAUUUUUGAUAAGUGUUUCUUAAACAUGUCAAACUAUCUUGUGAUUUUUAGCUCUGCUCUUCCUGAUAACCAUUUUGUAUCAUUUUUGUACUUAAACAAAUGCAAUAAAAAGAUCUCAAAGAUCAAUAGGAUGUGCAA